GUGAUUGUUCACCCAUUUUAAUUCGCGAAUACAUCUCUGUCACGUAUUUGUUAACUCCACAGGUAUAAAUCGAUAGUUAAUUACCGAACACGUUCAUUGUGGGUUGACAUUUUACUGACGGCACGCAAAUAAUUUCGAUUGUUAAAGAAAAUUUCUUUUUCAAUUUGUGUGUGACGUUUAACAUGUGUUUGGAUUGGAUUUUAAUGUGUGAUUCGUAUGUUUUUUGUUGAUAAUUUAAGUUGUUCUUUCGACUUUUGUGAUUUUUUCUUGUGAAACACCGGUUGGGUGUUCCGGUGUUCAACCUCGACAUUCCACCUCUGUACGCAAAAAUACUAGACGAACUAUCGUGGACGUUAAAAUUGAAGCUACUAAAAGACUUUGCAGAUGCUACAUCCACCACUACAAAAACAACUGAGACGACAAAGAGUGCACGGCGGGUUGGUUUGCAAGCUUUAGUUAUGGCCGAUCCAGACGAAUCUGGUAAUCAAGUAAAAGACAGGAAAACAAACGAUAAAUCGAUUUAUAUAAAUAAUGCAUUAGCUGAGAAAGACCCUUCCGAAUACUUAAGAACUGAUUCAUUUAAUAACAAGGAUUUUUUUAAAGAUGCUAGGUCUGUGUCUAGCAAUAUAAAUAUAGAUAAUGAUAAUAAAAACUAUUUUACUCAAGAAUCCGAUUCCCGACGAUACAUUCGAAAUAGGAAAGGCCAUUUCGUUAAAUCAAGAAAAGAUCCCAAGUACUAUGUUAGACAUGGAUCUCAAAGUUAUGGACGUCUAUUUAACAAUUCUUUGAAAAUGGGCAGAAGACAAGUGGGCGAUAUGGCGAACGUACAGCCAGCUGCUGAUGCUCCGAAUGAUGAAGAGAAUAUGAGGAUGAAGCUCUUCCGCCUUAUGUAUGAGACUGUAAGAGAUAGUGACUUGAAGGUUAAGAGAGCAGAGCUGAUCAAGACGCAUUAUCAUAACUCUAGUGCAUUUGACAUAGGGUAUCUAAUGGGCGACAUGACAGACAAAUACAACAUAAUGCAAGACAUUGCCACGACGUUGGAGCGGCUGUACCACGAAUGGAAGCCGUUGGAGCACAUCAACGCGUACGAGCAGAUCGCGAACCAGGCGAUCCAGAUCAGCCAUCUGAUUGACAUGAUGCGGCAUAUUAACAAGAGAAAUAGCACUAUGUAGUUAUUGUUAUGUUUUAAGCAACUCAUAAAACUAUUAUCGUUAAGAUUCAUGUUAAUUAAUUUAGUAUCAUAAGGGGAGAAGUGGUAUAACUACACUGUUAAUUGUUCACAAAUUAGUGACACGACUGAAUCAGGGCAAUAAAAAUAUCUUAUUGUAUUGUGAAGCAAGUUUUGCUUGUUUUUACGUUUGGAGUAAGCAAGUGACAUUUUUUUGCUGUUUUUUUUUUCUCCUUGCGUUAUUUGUUUUAGGGCAGCAUAUUCACGAUUCAUUGCCGGCGCGAAGUGCAGCGUCCACCAUGUGUCAAUAUUUUUCUUGACCUUAUAUAACCGAUUUUACAAUCGUCGUAUAAAAGCUAUCCAACAAACUUAUAAUCUCAAUAGAAAACACAAACAAUUAUUUAAUUUUAUUGUAACAUUUGCAAUUUCUAAUUUGUUCGUGUUGCAUUUAAUACAAUAAAUAUA